AUGAGCUCCAACAAGGCCCUCGUCUUCAAGAAGGUCCCCGAGGGAUACCCCGUUCCCGGCGAGCACCUCACCAUUGAGUCCGUAGAUUAUGAUGCCAACACUCCCGCUCCCGAGAAUGGCGUUGUUCUGCAGUCUCUCUACACCAGUUUCGAUCCCUACAUGCGCGGUCGCAUGCGCCCGGCUAACGUCAAGUCCUACUCUCCUGCUAUGGAGCUUGGCAAGCCCGUCGACAGCAUGACCAUUGCCAAGGUCCUCCGUUCCAACAACUCUUCGUUCAAGGAAGGCGAUUUGGUCACUGGAUACGUCCCCAUCCAGGAGUACAUUGCCGUAGAUGGCAACCAGAUUGCCCGUAUCCGUCCCCUCGACAACCCUCUGGGCAUUGAGGAUAUCCGUGUCUUCCUCGGUGCGCUCGGUAUGCCUGGUCUGACCGCCUACUCGUCCCUGUACGAGAUCGGCAAGCCCAAGAAGGGCGAGACAAUCUUCGUUUCCGCUGCUAGCGGUGCUGUCGGGCAGCUGGUUGGACAGCUGGCAAAGCACGAGGGCCUGAAGGUCAUCGGCAGCGUCGGUUCGGAUGAGAAGCUCGAGUACAUUACCAAGGAGCUGGGCUUCGACGGUGGUUUCAACUACAAGAAGGAGAAGCCUGCCGAUGCGCUGGCUCGCCUGGCGCCCCAGGGAAUCGACAUCUACUAUGAGAAUGUCGGUGGUGAGCACCUCGAGGCUGCUCUGGAUGCCCUGAACAACUUCGGUCGUAUCGUCCUCUGCGGCCUGAUCUCUCAAUACAACUCGGCUCCUUACCCCAUCAAGAACAUCCACAACGUGCUGAUCAAGCGUAUUGACAUGCGCGGUUUCAUCGUCUCUGAUCCUGGCAUGGGUGAUAAGUACACCAAGGAGCACCAGCAAAAUGUGCAGAAGUGGAUCAAGGAGGGCUCCUUCAAGUCUCUCAUCCACGAGACCACUGGUAUUGACAACGCUGCGGAGGGUCUGGUUGGUAUCUUCCACGGCAAGAACAAGGGCAAGGCUGUUCUGAAGUUCUAA